UCAGUGCAAACUUGCCGGUGCCCCGGUUAAGCUUACGCGAUCUAUUCAUAUCCACGUAAAUGCUAUGUUGAAAGUGACAGUAGUCACAAACCAACAAUUUUAAAAAUGAAACAAGUUCUAUAGUGUUGAAAUGUGACCCCACACUCAUGAAUGAUGUUUAUUUUGAAGACUCAAUUGUGUCCUAAUAAAUACAAGAGAUGAAAGUUAUUGAGAAGAUAUAGAAAAGGAACAGAAACAAAAAUUAAUGGCGUACCCAAUAGACGUACAAACAGCUAGGCCAACGCAGAAAAUGUCGAGGAACUCAAAUCCUUACCACAUAAAGCGACCAAUGAACGCGUUCAUGGUAUGGUCGAGACUGCAAAGGAAGAAGAUAUCGAUGAUGAAUCCGAAGCUGCACAACUCCGAGAUAUCAAAGAGACUCGGUCUCGAGUGGAAGAGUUUAGACGAAACGGAGAAGAGACCAUUCAUAGACGAAGCUAAAAGAUUAAGAUUGAAGCACAUGCACGAUUACCCGGACUAUAAAUACCGUCCUCGUCGGAAAAACAGAUUAGAUACUACGUACACUAACCCUGCAAUCUACAGUAGAGACGCAUUCGUAGAGAUAGAACCUAGAGCUGACCAAAACUAUCAAAUUCCAGUCAACUACACCGAACAUCAAUUUAUGUAUAACAAUAUGAUGAGUUACCCUGUGCCAACGAUUUCUCAGACAUCCUUUGUGCCGACAACGAUCAGGCCCAAAGAAGAGGCCCUACCUAGCCUGGAUUUAAGACCCUUACCCUCUAUAGAAAGCAUUUCCCCGAGGCCCUUCGCUGUUGUCAACCAGCAGAUGAUGGUGAAGGCCUAUCAGGACUUACAUUACGUGCCCGGUGACGUCACUAGAAUUUCAUAUCAUUAUCCGUUUGGUGUUCAAUAAUAUUAAUGAUGUAUUA